AUGCGACAGAAGCGAGCCAAGACAUAUAAGCGCGUGAUGGCGCUUUACACGCAAACGUUUGGGUUCAGGCAGCCGUUUCAAGUUCUGGUCUCUCAGGAUGUGUUGAUAGAAGGCGCCAAAUGCGAGCUCAACAUGCCCAAACAGUUCCUCAAUGUCACCCAAGGCGAAUGCAAGCUCAUGAUAACCCAAUGUUGUAUGGAAGCGCUCUACAAGAUGGGUCGAGAUGUACAAAAGACGACGGAUUUGGCAAAGACGUUUGAGAGGAGGAAGUGUAAUCAUCGGACUGCUUUGGAGCCGGACAAGUGUUUGGAGGAUGUCAUCGGCCAAACAAACAAACAUCGCUACAUCCUCGCCUCCCAAUCCACCUCCCUCCGCCUCGCAUCCGACCGCAUCCCCGCCCUCCCCCUCAUCCACUUUAACGCCCGCGGCGUGCUCGUGCUCUCCCCGCCAUCUACAGCAACAGUGCGAGAGAAGAACAAGGCAGAAGAAGGGAGGAGGCUGGAAGGUGUGAAGGUUUUGGAGGGGGUGGUGGAUGGGGGGAAUGUGCUUGGUGCGGCGGAGGCGGGCCCGAAUGUGGAGAAGAGGGCGAGGAAAACGAAGGGGGUGAAUCCGUUGAGUGUGAAGAAGAAGAAGGUGGAGAAGAAGGAAGGGGAAGGGGAGGGAGGGAAGAGACGGAGAGAGGUGGAUUUGGAAGAGGAGAGUGCGGAUGUUGGGGAUGGGGAGGGGAAGAGGAAGAGGAAGAGGACGAAGAAGAAGACGGAGGUGCAGGAAGCUAUUGAGGAGCUCAAUGAGACGAAUAAGGUUGCGGGUGGUGAACCCGAGGGUGGAGAGGCCAGCGACUAG